CGUGUUUUGAGCAGUCGUCAGGUUUUCUUCGUUACCAAGGGCACUGAAUGGCUCUGAAACAUGGGCGGGCCGGCCAUUGAUUUUUGGGGCCUUAGAAUUCAAGGAGUAAAGAAACGGCCCAUUCAAUGUGCAGGUGUGUAUGUGUGGCAUUAGAUUUGAAGGACAGGACCAUUCACUGACUCACCCGCUAACUGUUGGGCCGCCUCACCAGCACCCUCCUCAUUUCUUGUACAUUCCCCCAAAUGCCAAUACGUACUACUGUUAAGAGUUGCCUUCCUCCGCACAAGCAAGAGAUACUGUGGAAGGCCGGGAGAGCCUUUCUACCUAGUGUUCUUCUGUAUUUGUCAGGUGGAUCUGUCCUUGGUGAAACAAAAACCUUCCUAUUCCGACGAUCGAGCCAUGGCCAAAUGGAGCAAGGUCGGUGAGCAAAAGGCAUGAAAAUCGAGAGAUCUCUGCGCCCUCAUAUCUAGUCACAGUAUCUAUCCGACUCAUGUCGGAGAAAGAAUACUGAUUUCUUUAUCGUACCAGAAGAACAUUUACGCUCUUGGUUUGAAAGAGUAUCAAGGUUAACGUGUGUCCCUCAAAUCAUUCCUAUCUAUAUUACAACUGGAACUGGAACUGGAAGUUAGAGUGACACAUCAUCAUUUAGGAGCUUGAGGCAAUUGGCAGCCUUCGACGACAAAGCCGUUUCAUUUAUGUCGAUCAGAUUUGGUGGAGAACAGCAAUGCCUUGGUUUGUGUCCGUUGACUGUUAAGCAGGUGCAAAAAACAUGCAUCAAAGAGACGGACGGGUCGAGUAAAAUCCAACUGAACACACCGUCAAAAGCUGGAACUAAAGCGAAAAGAGGUUACUCGUCCCUCAGACCAACCAAAGGUAUUCACAACAUUCGAGACCAACUGAAACCUUCAAGCAACUAUCGGACACUACCUAACGAACUCCUGGAAUAACUGACAGUCAGCCAGUCAGGCUGACAGAACAACCAACCUUGGGACUUGUGAAGUGAACAAACAUCCUGUCCAGUCACACCAACGUCCUUCAGUUCGCCCAACUCAAGCCAGCUACCGUACCAAUAUGGAAAACGUCGAGUCUUCGACAAUUAUUUGAGACUAAUGGUCUGCACCUUUGAUUGGCCUGCCAUUAGGCAAAAAAAUCCAGACAAAAGUGAUUUCUUCGUCGUAAUGACGAACGAAUUUCAGCAUUAAAGUCUUGACUCGUGGCACAAAACGACCCUUUUCCACCUUAGUUCAUGAAUAAUCCUUAACAUGGGUUCCAACUCUUCCCGUAUCAAGAAAAACGACUCGCUUAAGGCGCGAACCCCGUUAAAGCACGACAAAUCAGCUUGGGAUGACUCUAAUCAUACAAGUGACAUCAGAAAUGAGUUUGAUUACUACGAUGAUGAAAGUAAGGAUUUUGACUUGGAACCAAAUCAAAGUCGGUUCAAAGAAAAACUGGCCAAAAGCAAAGUUGUCCAGCUCAAAAAUGGACGGGCUGAAAGAGGAAGUGUGAUAGACGACGACCCAUUUUCAAACUUUCGCAACCUUACCCAUGAACGAGAUACGAAAAUCGAGCGUUCAAAGACACCUUCCCCACCGAGAAGAAUCAAGCGCCUUCCUCUUUCGCCGAAAAAAACGGAUCCCCUCAAAGCCGACCCACCAGCUGAAAAGAAUGCGCCAACCUCGCACAAAAAGUCCCCAACUAAGUCAAUUUCCCCCCGAAAGAAGAAAGCAUCUGCACUUUCCGUCAAGUCACCCCAACGAAGACACUCCGAUGUGAGUGUAUUGGAAUUGGGUAACGAUAGCCCUGAGCACUUCCGCAAAGUCCGGGAUCGUCCCACGUUUAGCAAGAGCUUGAAUCAUGGAAAACCCAACGACAACACUCCCCUUGCCCGACCCCGACGAGCUCGAUCCUCCUCGCCUGCUCCAAAGCGGUCCUCUCCACCACCGAAAGAUCCUCCUCAUUUGAAGCGAUACGCCCCAAACAAGAAGCGCUUGAUCAACCACUCUAUUGGAAGCAGCAACAGUUUCACUAACAUUGCUUUGGUUAAAAGUGCCACCCAAAGCGUGGAUAGCACGGUCUCCGUGGUCAGUAACUUUGGGGAACGAACUAAAAUCGAAAAAUUCAAAGACAAGCAAGAUUCUCUAAGAGGAGCUGGUCUAGACAAAGUCAAAUUUUUGAAUAAUCACUUCAUGGACCAGAAGAUCAAUGGUGUGCAAACAUUUGAAAAGGCCAAGCAUGAUCUAGUUAGCGAUGAUUGGGCCACAGAAAUUAAAGGCCUGGAGGUGUUUGUGUCAUUGGCGAGAGACAAGCCCGAGAUUUUGAGAGCGGAUAUGAAGCAAGUGGUUCGACUAUUAAUCGUCCAACUCAAGAAUUUGCGCUCCCAAGUGUGUCGGACGGCAGCCCAAGCCACUGGAGAGCUUUUUUUUCAUCUGGGCAAGGCCAUGGAAGUAGAUUUGGAAAAGGUUGUCGCCAUUUUGCUUCAGCGGGCUGCAGAUACAAAUAAGUUUAUAAGAGAGAGUUGUGCGGAAGCCUUAGAUGUCUUGGUGGAAACUGUCACCUUGUUUAAAGCCCUUGAGACUUUAGUCACAGGGGGAGCCAAUCACAAGUCUGUGGUCAUUAGAAGCACCGUGGCUAGACUUAUGGACAAAAUCGUCAAUCAAAUGGGAGCAGAAAGAGUCAUGGGAAGUUCCAACGAGUUCCAAGAGAUCAUUUUUCAACAAGGUGCUAAGCUCCUGAAAGAUAGCGGCGUCGAAGUCCGUAAAUACUCCAAACACAUGUUUGCCGAGCUCGUUCGACAUCAACGUUUUGAAACCACCUUAGAAAAAUUGGUAAAAGAAGAAGAUCGGCGAGAUAUAAAGAGGGCAUUGGACUCACUUCACGGAUAGACGCCUCCAAUAUAAUUGAACAUCAAUAUUUUCACUACCUGGAUACAUCACGCUUCAAUAAAAUCGUGCUCAAGAAGAUGUAUCAAUCAUCACAAACCGGUUUUAUUGAACUUUUCAGU